GCAAAGACUGCCGUCAAAAGCGCACCGGCUACAAACUGUUUGCACUACUGUAUUUUGUCAAGACGCCCGAAGCGGUCAACAUGGGAAAACGAGCUGUUGCGGUUCUGAAGGCCGAUGGCGUCCAAGGGACGAUCUGGUUCACGCAAGAGGGGGAUUCCGUCAAAGUGACUGGCGAAGUCACAGGAUUGAAGGAGGGGAAACACGGUUUCCACGUGCACCAGUACGGCGAUACUACCAAUGGCUGCGUAUCAGCAGGAGCCCACUUCAACCCGACGAAUAAAACCCAUGGGGGACCGUCCGACGAGGAACGUCACGUCGGAGAUCUGGGGAAUCUCAUCGCCGACAAGGAUGGAAAAGCAAAAGUUGACAUCGUAGAUAAGUUGAUCGCUCUGGAAGGUGCUCAUUGCAUCAUCGGAAGAUCGCUUGUCGUCCACGCCGACGAAGAUGAUCUCGGCAAGGGUGGUCACGAACUUUCGUCCACAACUGGUAACGCGGGAGCUCGCGUGGCGUGCGCGGUGAUUGGACACGCCGCCGAUGCAUGAAGCAGCACCAGUGGUCUCUAGAAACAUCGAUGGAACGAGCAUACAGCUAGAAAGUCCAGACGUUUCGGUUCCCCGACGACCUACGAUUGAGAUCGAAGGGCGGAUAGCAUCGAAGGAUUUUAGCAACUCCACCCUUUAUCACACGAUAGCUGAAGCCCAAGUCCCUUGUAUGAGAAGGUACUUUGCAAAUAAAUGCACUGUCCAUCUUUGCCCUUCCUCUC